AUGGCGGGGACGUCUUCAACCGAGCCACCUACGUCGUCCCUUGUUCUUUCCACACUUGGCGCAUACUCGGACCUCACCAAGCAGCUAUUCUCUCUCAUAGAGAAUCCAUCGAAUUCCAGGACCAAAAUAAUAGCUGACGCAUCAGCAGGCAAAUCAUGGAACGUCGACGGCAUCACAUCUAUCCUCACAGCAUUGCACGAUGUGGACCACCUCCUCUUGUCUCGUCUCGAGAUCGCCCACAGACACGCAGUCAACCAGAGUCGAAUCGAGGAGCUGCAAGCACAGGCGAAGAAACGAGAUCAGGAGACCAGACAUGCAAUUCUGGAGUUGAGCCAAAUACAAUCUGAGCUCGCCGAGAUCACACGGUUGUCAGAGGAGGAGGUAGCGUCGAUAGACAGAGCGGAAAAGCGGCCGAUCGGGCACUCGACGUUGCUAGCGUACGCGCAGAGGCUCGCGAGGUACACAUCGGCGCCUCCUGGCUACAAGUUGCCACAACUGGCAUCUGCAGCGAAAGACGAUGGGGCAGGAGUCAAAUCAGAACCGGGUCAGGGCGCGGAUGGCGAGCCGGCGGAACAGAUCUCGCUAGGAGCAGACUACAACCAGUACGCUAAGAGAGCCGCAGCGUACUACGAUCCAGCAAUACCGUCGAUGCCGCAAGAGAUGCCCUUCCCGUCGGACGCCAUGAUGCGGCAGGGCAUCUUGAACAGUCAAGAGAUGCUCAACGGCGCACCCAUGGCAGAGCAGCCGGCGGACGAAACGAUGGAGGAUGCGGACGAGCUGCCCGCGACCGACUUUGCUGCGUCGUAUUCACAGCUCAGACAGCAGCAGCAGCGACAGGACGAGGACGAGGACGCUUUCGACCUCGACCUUAAUUGA